CCACUUCUCCGAUGCCUGCACUUCUCUCUAAAUAAAUACCCCAUUCCUUUCAUCCCUCUUCUGUUGCUGCUUCAGGGAGAGAAAGUGUGGUACUUUCUGGGUAUUGUUUGUUUUUGGGCUGUUCUGGCUUCAGAAAGUUUGAGAGUUAGGGCCUUUGAGAUUUGAUUUCCUAAAGUUGGUCAUUUGCUGAAUCAAUGGAGGUUCGCGGAACAACCAUGGGUGUUGCCCCAACCCCUGCAAAUGUUAUUUAUUUAUCUAGUAUUCUUGGCCAUGAUGGGCCUAUACCUGUUCACAAAUGUGAUUGGAAAUGUCAAAAUGAGCAUGUGUGUGGAAACAUGUAUCGUUGCAAACUAACUGGACUCACCCACAUCUGUGACAAGAAUUGUAACCAGAGAAUUUUGUAUGACAAUCAUAGUUCUCUGUGCCUAGCCAGCGGCAAGGUUUUUCCCCUUUCACCAGCUGAGGAACAGGCAGUCAGAGGAGUCAGAAGGAAGCUUGAUGCUGAGAACUCCCCAACUGAUAGCUGCUCUUUUAAGCGCAGACGUGAUUCACAGUUUCAUCCUUCUCCCUUUGAGAGAUCCUUCUCUGCUGUUGGUCCAAUCUGUAGCCAAGUUGGAGAUGGCAUGGAUAUGAGCUAGGGAUAUGAGCUAGUUAUAUAUUAUAUCACCAAAAGACUGCCCAUAUUAUUUCUCAUAUCAUGUUCCUUCGAAACUUUUCUGCUUUCUUUCUUAUGGGACAAGUAAGGAUAAUGGAUGGUAGACUUGAUCUCAGUGUUCUGUUGGUGGGACAUUUGCAUACUGCCUACCUGUAUGAACACUUACAGUUUUCAUCCUUCUAAUGCUAAAUGCUAAUUGAAUUACAACCUUUUCUCAUAGCUUUUAAUGAACUCGAAUUUCCAGCUUCUUUCUAACCCUUAAUAGGAUAUUUAUGGACUGCAGCAGUUAGAGGGCGGUUCAUUGCAUCCUGCUUGAAUUAAAUUAUGAUAUUGACUCAUCAGUUAUCUUUUAAUUGUCAUUUCUUCUAACUGCAUAAUUUUUCUGCCUUUACUGUUUAAUUUUUCUGCC